CGCAGCGCGCCGGGGCCUUUUGUGACUGGGUGAUCAAGAGGAGCCAGGAGGGCGGCAGGCGGUUCGCGACAGCCAAUCAGGACUCAGAGACCCGGAGCUGCACCAAUCAGAGAGCUGAGCAUUUGCAGAGGCUUUCAGACUGGAAAAGACUCUCCUCGCUCACUGACGGCCUCCACCAUGAUUCACAGUCUUUUCUUGAUCAACUCCUCUGGAGAUAUUUUCCUGGAGAAACACUGGAAGAGUGUGGUCAGCCGUUCUGUUUGCGAUUACUUUUUCGAGGCACAAGAGCGAGCGACGGAGGCUGAAAAUGUCCCUCCGGUUAUCCCCACCCCGCAUCACUAUCUCUUAAGUGUUUACCGUCACAAGAUCUUUUUCGUGGCUGUGAUCCAGACGGAGGUGCCGCCUCUGUUUGUCAUUGAGUUCCUCCACAGGGUAGUGGACACUUUUCAGGUGCGUGAAUGUGAGGAGGUUCAUCCAUGGACCGUUACAUCUAAUUACAAUAUUGUCUCAGGAAGCACCAACGUGGGCGACCAGCUUCCCACUGGGCAGCUGUCCGUGGUACCUUGGCGACGAACGGGGGUGAAAUACACCAACAAUGAGGCCUAUUUUGAUGUGAUUGAAGAGAUUGAUGCCAUCAUUGACAAAUCAGGGUCUACCAUCACUGCCGAGAUCCAGGGGGUGAUCGACGCCUGCGUCAAGCUGACCGGAAUGCCCGACCUGACCCUUUCCUUCAUGAACCCCAGGCUGCUGGACGACGUCAGCUUCCACCCCUGCGUCCGCUUCAAGCGCUGGGAGUCGGAGCGCAUCCUCUCUUUCAUUCCCCCCGACGGCAACUUCCGCCUGCUCUCCUACCACGUCAGCGCGCAGAACCUGGUGGCGAUUCCAGUGUACGUUAAACAUAACAUCAGCUUCCGGGACAGUAGCUCGCUCGGCCGCUUUGAAAUAACCGUGGGGCCUAAGCAGACCAUGGGGAAGACCAUAGAGGGGGUGACCGUCGCCAGCCAGAUGCCCAGAGGCGUCCUGAACAUGAGCCUCACGCCGUCUCAGGGGACACACACGUUUGACCCAGUCACCAAGAUGCUAUCUUGGGAUGUAGGAAAAAUAAAUCCCCAGAAGCUCCCAAGUUUGAAGGGAACCAUGAGUCUCCAGGCCGGAGCUUCCAAACCGGAUGAGAACCCCACGAUCAACCUGCAGUUUAAGAUCCAGCAGCUGGCCAUUUCUGGCCUCAAAGUGAAUCGUCUGGAUAUGUAUGGAGAGAAGUACAAACCCUUCAAGGGCAUAAAGUACAUGACCAAAGCUGGAAAGUUUCAAGUUCGAACCUGAAGCGAGAAUUUCGCAAAGCGGACCGUCAUGAACACUUUUUCAUUUCUUAACCUGUCUAGAAGUAAAACCCAUCAGCCUGUCUCGUA